CACAGGUGCUCUCUCCGGGCUGGACCCAGAGACUCUCCCAGAGGGAGUCGUUUGAAGACACUUCUGCUGCUUUCAGAACGAAGGCAGACACAGACAUCAUCGUACGACUGGUUUGAACCAAGAAACCUCAGCACAUAAAGUUUAUGGGACCCGUCAAACGCCAUCUUGACAUGCAGUUCUACAGGAAGCAGCAUCUCAUUCACUUCCUGUUGGCGGCGGCGUCCCUGCUGGUUGGGGGCCGGUCCGACCCCCGUACCCUCCCCCCUCUCCACACCGGGCACCCCUUCCUGUUCCUGUGGAACGCCCCCACCGAGCUCUGCGCGGAGCGCUACGCCGUGACCCUCGACCUCUCCCACUUCCAGGAGGUGAGCAGCACCCUGAAGGACGCCACCAACCAGAGCGUGUCCAUCUUCUACACCGACCGCUUCGGCCUCUUCCCCUUCGUGGACGAGGACACCGGGGAGGUGCUGGAGGAGGGGCUGCCCCAGCUGGUGGACCUGGACGACCACCGCGCCGAGGCCAAGGAGGACAUCCUGUUCUACAUGCCCGACCCGCGGCCCGGCCUGGCCGUGCUGGACUUCGAGGAGUGGCGGCCGCAGUGGGUCCGCAACUGGGGCGCCAAGGACAUCUACCGGGAGCUCUCCAUGGAGACGGUGCGGCUGAAGAACCCCGCCCUCAGCGAGGAGCAGGUGGAGGACCGCGCCAGGGGGCUGUUCGAACGCGGCGCACAGAAGUACUUCCUGCGCUCGCUGCGGACCGGGAAGCGGCUGCGGGGCGGCCGCCUGUGGGGGUACUACCUGUACCCCGACUGCUACAACUACGACUACAACCAGGACAUUGAGGGCUACGGGGGGGCGUGUCCGGAGCUGGAGCAGCGCAGGAACGACGCUCUGCUGUGGCUGUGGCGGGAGUCCACCGCCCUCUACCCCUCCGUCUACCUGGAGCUGGCGCUGCGCGGGAAGCCGCAGGCGCGACGCUUCGUCCGCCACCGCAUCUGGGAGGCGGUCCGGGUGUCCCUCCUGGCCGACCCCGCCUUCUCCACCCCCAUCUACGCCUACAUCCGGCCGGUCUUCAAGGACAGCGUGGAUACGUACAUGUCAGAGGACGACCUGGUCAACACCAUCGGAGAGGCAGCCGCUCUCGGGGCCGCUGGCGUCGUCUCCUGGGGAGACAUGCAAGUUACACAGGAUGAGGACUCCUGCGUGGACGCCAUGCUCCACCUGAAUGACGUCAUGAAUCCCUACAUCCUCAACGUGUCCACGGCGGCGCGCCACUGCAGCUGGGCGCUUUGCGGGGGGGCGGGGCGCUGCGUGCGGCGGCACUGGGACAGCGACACCUACCUCCACCUGGACCCCCGCCGCUUCUCCAUCCGGCGGCCCCGACCCGGCGCCCCGCUGGCCGUGACGGGGGGGCCGAGCCAGCAGGACGUCUUGUGGUACGACGAGGGCUUCCGCUGCCUGUGCUACUCCGCCGAGCCCUGCUACCGACCGAUCAGCAUCAACGUCGUCAUGGAGGAGGUCACCGCCGUCGGCCGCUGCGAGGCGCUGCCGUCCGCGCGCCACCGGCUCACCCUAUUGGCUGCUGCUGCGGUGCUGCGCGUUCUUAUGUCUUAACUUGUGCAAGAAUUUGCACAAACUUUCUUAUGUAGCAUUCUUUAAUCACGCAAUAAAUCACAUUCACACACACACACACACACACACAC